AGAACUAAUACUUUGUAUUGUGAAAUGAUGUUGCAGUGAACUCGGAUGAGUGCUUAAUGACAAGAAUGCAAGAGAUGUCACUUAACUACCACUUCAAAGUGGAGCAAGAAGUUGGUUCUUCCACACAUUCAUUUUUUGGCUUCAAUGGGACUGCUGGAGUUUGGCGAAUGGCUGCACUUAAUGAGGCAGGAGGAUGGAAGGAUCGUACCACAGUUGAAGAUAUGGAUCUAGCCGUUAGAGCUAGUCUUAAAGGUUGGAAGUUCUUGUACCUUGGUUCAAUACAGGUUAAAAAUGAAUUGCCAAGUUCAUUUAAAGCCUAUCGCUACCAACAACAUCGAUGGUCUUGUGGUCCAGCAAACCUUUUCAGGAAAAUGGUAUACGAAAUCAUCGUAAAUGAGAAUGUUACAUUGCGGAAGAAGCUACAUGUGAUCUAUAGUUUCUUCUUUGUAAGAAAGAUCGUAGCUCAUAUUGUUACAUUCGUGCUCUAUUGUGUUGUAAUUCCUGCAAGUGUGUGGUUACCAAAAGUAGAGGUUCCGACUUGGGGUACCAUUUACAUCCCAACCAUCAUCACGAUUUUGAAUGCUGUUGGAACUCCAAGGUCUUUAUAUUUAGUGGUAUUUUGGAUUGUCUUUGAGAAUGUCAUGGCCCUCCAUCGAACUAAGGCUACAUUCAUUGGAAUUUUUGAGGCUGAAAGAGUGAACGAAUGGGUUGUUACUGAAAAGCAUGGAGAUGAUUCCAAGGCUAAAACAAUAACUAGUCAACAUGAAAUACGUGGCUUCAAAUUAAGCGAAAGGCUUCUUGUGGUAGAGUUAUGUAUGGGUAUUAUCCUCUUUGUAUCUGGUUGUUAUGAUCUUGCAUUUGGAAAGAAUUACUAUUAUAUUUACAUGUAUCUACAAGCUAUCGCUUUCAUCGUAACGGGUGUGGGUUAUAUUGGCACUUAG